GGUCAAUAUACAAAAGCAUUAAGACCAUAUAAAUAUAUAGAUCAAACAAAGGAUCCUUCAAGUCCAAAGGCCUGUCUAUCCACCCAAUUUACCCUCUCAACUAGUCGACUUGCUUGAUCACUGUCUGGACCCUGAUCCACAUACAAGAUACUCUGCUAAUCAAAUACUCGAGCACCCAUUCCUUUCCAGUUACGAACCCGAACUACUCUUCCCAGCUACUCCACUUCAACAAAGCAAGAAACGAAAGCAGGCCCCACCAACACCUGCCAAAUGUAGAAUUCCAAUUCGUGCAUUUUCUGUUGAUAAAACCCUUUCGGCCUCUGUGCCUGUUCAAGAAAGGAUUCUCAGUGUUCAUCUCAAGAGACAGUCGCUAUCUAAUGCUAAUCGUAGCCAAGGUUCAAGACUUCCUAUGUUAUGUGUCACGCCAGUUAUUGAAGAAAAAGUUAAAAAACCCAAAGAAAAGAAACCCACAUCACCUACAUCAAAAUCAAACAGUAAUAGCAGCAAUAGCAGCAAUACAACUAUUAAUACUAUACCAUCCAGAAAAUCACCCCCUUCAUCUAAUAGAACUAUACCAUCCCCAUCUGCUAAAUCAUCACCAUCUGUUCCUAGAGCGAUACCAAUAUCUGCAUCCACUACCAGACUCAUGUCUUCUCCCAAAUUACCAUCUGUAGAAGUUAAAACGAACAUCAGAAAACCAAAAAUCAACGUGAACAGUACUUCAUCUAUACCCAUUAAAGCAUCUAUUUAUCGUAACAAAAAGCCUGGAGAAAGCCGUACAGCUAGAUUGAUGAUGGGUAUCAGUACAGCGAGAAGACAAUCUUACAAGACAAGAGAAUCAACGGCUGAAAGUAAUUUGCCCACGUUGGCUCAUAAACAAAGAGUAGUGGAUACAAAAGAUAGAUCAUCAUCACCCAGUAAAAAGCAACAGGCUAUUGCUGCCAAGACAAGCAGUAAUAAUAAUAAUAAUUCAUUAAAAGGAAAAGCUCUUCGUGUUCACUAAGCCAUUCAAUAUUUAUAUUCACAUAUUUUUAUUAUUUUUUAAAUGUAUUUCCAAUAAAAUCAUAUUUAUUUUAAUUCAUCUAACAAACUUAACGACACUUGACUAUGAUAAAGACCCCACCAACAUUCAAGUGGCUUGAAAACAAGCUCCCUUAUGGUAUAUGGA